AUGUCCUCAAGCAACGAUGUUUACCAGACCCCUCUCAACUCGCGUUAUGCGAGCGAUGAGAUGAAAUACCUUUUCUCUCCAAGAAACCGUUUCUCUACCUGGAGAAAGCUGUGGCUGUGGCUUGCUGAGUCUGAGAAAGAACUCGGCUUGUCUAUCUCCGAUGAGGCCAUUGAGCAGAUGAAGGCCCACCUUACCAUUCAGGAUGAAGAGUUCAAGGUUGCUGCCGAGGAGGAAAAGCGCCGCAGACACGAUGUCAUGGCUCACGUCCAUGCUUACGGUCAGGUCGCACCCGCCGCUGCUGGUAUCAUUCACUGGGGUGCCACUUCGUGCUACUGCACGGACAAUGCGGAUCUGAUCUUCCUCCGUGACGGUCUCGAUAUCCUCAUUCCCAAGCUUGCUGUCGUUAUUGACAAGCUGUCCGCGUUCGCUCAGCAGUACAAGGACUUGCCUUGCCUUGGCUUCACUCACGGCCAGCCUGCUCAGCUUGUUACUGUCGGAAAGAGAGCCUGCCUCUGGAUUCAGGACCUGCUCAUGGACCUGAGGAACUUGGAGAGGGCUCGUGAUGACUUGCGCUUCCGUGGUGUCAAAGGUACCACCGGUACUCAGGCUUCUUUCCUCCAGAUCUUCGACGGAGACCACUCCAAGGUAGAACAGCUGGACGAGCUUGUUACCCAGAAGGCCGGCUUCGAUUCCGCAUUCAUCAUUUCCAGUCAGACCUACUCCCGGAAGAUCGACGUUGAUGUUGGCAACGCCCUGGGCUCUUUCGGAUCCACCUGCGAGCGCAUCGGUAUCGACAUCCGCCAUUUGGCCAUGCUUAAGGAGGUUGAGGAGCCUUUCGAAAAGGACCAGAUCGGCAGCAGUGCCAUGGCUUACAAGCGUAACCCCAUGCGUUCUGAGCGCCUGUGCUCGCUCGGAAGACACCUCCAGAACCUCCCCAAGAAUGCGUUGGACACCUACUCCGCGCAGUGGUUCGAGCGUUCUCUGGACGACAGCGCCAUCCGUCGUAUCAGCAUUCCUGAGCUCUAUCUCUCUGCCGAUGCUUGUCUCAUUCUCCUGAACAACGUUACCUCCGGCUUCGUUGUCUACCCUGAAGUUAUCAAGCGUCGUGUUAAUGACGAGCUCCCCUUCAUGGCCACUGAAAACGUCAUCAUGGCUUGCGUCAAGAAGGGUCUCUCCCGCCAGGACGCCCACGAGGAGAUCCGUGUCCUCUCCCACCAGGCGGCAGACAAUGUCAAGAAGCACGGAAAGGACAACGACCUGCUCGAGCGCAUCCGCCGCACCGCAUUCUUCAACCCCAUCCUGGGCGAACUCGACUCCCUCCUCAACCCCAGCACCUUCGUCGGCCGUGCCCCCCAGCAAGUCGAGAAGUUCACCUCCACUGAGGUCAAGAAGGCCCUCGAGCCAUAUGCCUCUGCCCUUGCCAAGGCUGAGACCUCUACGCUCAGCGUUUAA